AUUCUUUCCAAAUUGGUUACACCUACCAAUAUAUUGAAAAUUAAAUGUCUUCAAGAAGGUAACAUGAGACAGAAGCAACACCACCUUAUAGUUCCAAACUCAUAUUUUGCUUCUAAUUUUUCACCAAGAAACUAAUGUACAAUUAGCCAGGAUACAUCAAUGGCUGCAACGUGCAAUGCUAUAGUACACAUUCAAGAGCCUUUUUGCAAGGUAGAGAAGAAUAAUUUGGGGGUGACCAAGGCGGUUUUUUAUCCUCGGAGGAAUACAAAUUCGAUCAAGCUAAAGAAGCGAAGCUUCUCCGUGGUAGCGAGUGGUACUAGUCCUCUGAACGUAGAUACCAUCAAUGGAAGAAAGGUGAAUGGGACUUAUGUGGGAGAGGCUGCAAUUAUAGGUAAUAAGAUUAGUGAGCCUCACAAAGAAAGUGGUGUUGAUGCACCCCUUCAUUCAAUCUUGCUCGGAAGGUUUGUGGAGGAACGGUUUGUUUAUAGACAGACAUUCAUUAUCAGGUCUUAUGAGAUUGGGCCAGACAAAACUGCCACCAUGGAAACACUAAUGAAUCUCCUUCAGGAGACAGCUCUGAAUCAUGUGACAAGCUCUGGCCUUGCUGGAAAUGGCUUUGGUGCUACCCGAGAGAUGAGCCUUAGGAAACUAAUUUGGGUUGUCACACGUAUACACAUUCAAGUGCAGAGAUAUAGCUCCUGGGGAGAUGUUGUUGAGAUUGAUACUUGGGUGGAUGCUGCUGGAAAAAAUGGAAUGCGUAGGGAUUGGAUAAUCCGAGAUUACCACACCCAAGAGAUCAUAACUAGGGCAUCAAGCACUUGGGUGAUCAUGAACCAAGAAACAAGAAGGUUAUCUAAAAUACCUGAACAAGUGAGAGAAGAGGUGAUUCCAUUUUAUCUAAACAGACUUGCAAUUGCCCCUGAAAAAAAUGACAACGAAAAGAUUGACAAGCUUACUGAUAAAACUGCAGAGAGAAUCCGAUCAGGUUUAGCUCCAAGAUGGAGUGACAUGGAUGCCAAUCAGCAUGUAAACAACGUGAAAUAUAUCGGAUGGAUUCUGGAGGUACUACGCAAUCACCCUACACAACGAACUAGUGUGCCAAUAAAUGUCCUAGAAAACUAUGAUCUCACAAGCAUGACUCUUGAGUACCGCCGUGAAUGCCGGCAAUCAAAUUUGCUUGAGUCCUUGACUACUUCAUCAGAAACUCUAGCUGAAGAUUCAAAUAGUUACAACAAUCGCAGACCAGACUUAGAAUUCACACAUCUGCUUCGAAUGCUAGCUGAUAAGGCAGAGAUAGUGAGGGCAAGAACAAAAUGGCAUUCUAAACAAAAACAGCAAGAGUGAUAUGAUCUCAAUCAUGUGCACCAACUCUCUCUUCAUGUUUAUUUUUAUUUCAUUUUUUGUUCUUUAUUUUUCAUUUUCCGCAUUACGAUUUUGUUUCCCAUUUGUUGAUAUAUUUCAUUGGUGAAGAGUUUGAACCACCAAAAAAAAAAAAAAAUGUAUUGAUUAGAAGCACAGAUUCUUCUAGGCAUGAAAGAUGAAACAUUUACAAAGAACUUGCUAUUUCAAUCAUUUUCUCAGCAUUACACUGAGAAACUGAACAUUAUUAAUGAAGUUAAAGCAGAUUUGUUGUGAAA